GUCACAACAAUACAAUCACAAAGAUGUCGUCGACAGCCAGCCUCCUCGCGCUUGCUCUGGCAGGCCUCCUGCUCGUCACCUUCCCGGGCCUCUGCGUCGGCACCGCCGCAGCUCAUCACCGCCCCAACGGCAACCAGUGCCACCCAAGCGGCUCGUUGGAGGGGCCGAGCACGGGCCACAUCUGCGGGGAGUGCUGCAAGCCCGGGCACCUCUAUCCGAAGUACCAGUGCUCGCCACCGGUCACCAAAAGCACCAGGGCCGUCAUGACGCUCAACAACUUCGAGGAGGGUGGAGAUGGCGGUGACCCGUCGGAGUGCGACGGCAAGUACCACUACAACACGGAGCGCGUGGUGGCGCUGUCCACGGGGUGGUACAACCACGGCAAGCGCUGCGGCAAGAACAUACGGAUCAGCGCUAAGGGCGGGUCCGUGCUCGCCAAGGUCGUGGACGAGUGCGACAGCCUGCACGGUUGCGACAAGCCACAUGCCUUCCAGCCUCCUUGCGAGCCCAACAUCGUUGACGCAUCCCAGGCCGUGUGGGAUGCGCUGGACAUCACCGGGGAUGAGGUCGGCGACUACCCUAUCACCUGGUCGGACACAUGAUGAGUACAUGGUCUCUGGAUAGACCGCGUCCUCGCUUUUUACGAACCGAUGGCUUUCUCGGUUCUUCGUAAGUGUUUUUGAGUGUCAGAUGUGUCCUGAAUGUCGUAUUGUCUCAAAUCUGUUUUAAUGAAUAAACAAAACGACGGGAAAAAUCCCGUCCACUCGACUUGUAAAGUGCGAGAUUCUUCUUCC